UGUCGACCGAUAGGAUUGCGCCGGAGAUUGUUGAACUACGGCUACUCGAAUGAACCUUGGUUGAGCUGUUUCAAAAUGAACAUCUGCAGAAAAAUGAAAAUGCACGGAAGAGAGCGCUGCUUGUUGUUUCUGCUCGUGUUUGCGGGAUGCCGCCUGCUUCUCUCGCCGCGCGCGAUCGAGCAGCCAGGCCGGGGAACAGAAUUCGAGAUCGCUCCCGAGAUUGCAGAGCGCGACGAGGCGUUGUCCUUCUACGGCCAGGAUGAACAUCAUUUAGAUGUUAGACGCAGUGAAGACACAGAAUCAACACGACCACCAACAGACGAAAGAAAAAACGCAGAUUCCCGUAGCUUCACAGCCACUGUGGAAGGUAUCAACCCGUCAGACGAACGAACUUUCAUCGUGCAGAAAUCUCUUUCUCAUCACGCCCGGGACUCCAAGCCUCACAGUGUCGGUUCUUUUUUGGAAGAGACAACAAGAGACGGCGAUGAUAGAAGUACUUCCGCACAAGAAGGAACCAAAGCCGAGGCUUCUGGCGACGAGAAGAAAAAACAAGAAGAAGAACCUCCACCCAAGGAGGACGACGGAUCCGCGUCCAGCAACGAAGAUCGGGGGUUGCAAAAGUUGGAGCAACAGGAAAAGCAAAAUGGGGAGAUCUGCCAGGCGGACCACCCGUUGAGACAGGACCUCAUCGCGGUGGACACACACUUGUUCUUUUUGCAGAACAGCAAGCCCCACGACGACGCGUGCGGGGAGGACUGCGUGUGCGACGCGUGGAAGGGCGAGAACAGCUGCUGCGCGCCGGAGUUCUACACCGCGUUGAAGAAGCUGAAGAACCGGCAGGAAGGGGAUAUCGAUCUGGUCAAGGCCCAGUACGAGGAAAGCGCGUUUCUGGAAAUGUUGGUGGACCAUUUGGCGAAGAGCGCUGGUGCCGAUGGGAACAAAAAUGUGAUAGAAUCCGUGUUGAAAGAGCCGAGCAAGCAGCUGGGACUGACGAUGCAAACGUUUCAAUCUGACUGCCAGAAGCAGAUCUCGAAUCUGUUUAUCCAGCGGACGUGUGAACUCUGCCGCGUCGGACUGGGCGACCAGAUCACGCUGGGCGCCAAAGACUCGCCGGCGAGGAAACGCUGCAUGGUGACGGCGCGCGCGUUGUCGCGUGCGCGCGAUACCUUUUUCGAUCUGUUUAGGCGGAAGGACGGGAAACUAAACUUGAUGGUACCACCUCCAAGCGAAUCUACUUCCGCGAUGAACACGGCACCACCGGGUACCUCCGCCGAAAACCCGGUUGUCAUCACGUCCGACGCCUUUAGCUCUGCUUCUUUCCUAGAAGUACCUUCCGUCGACAGCUUGACCAAGGUCGAAACGGCGAAUGCGGCUGAGGAGGGAGAUUUGAUUCCCGUCACGGGGUUUCUGGAGAAGUUCCUCCUACGAUUCAACAGCGAGGUGGAGAACAUUAUCGACAUGUUUUCCGAGGACGGGGUCUCUUUCGAGGAGGACGUCCGCGAGGCGGGGCUGGCCUUCCAACUGUACCGGUACGGCAAUUUCGAGACCGGGUUCGGGGCCGCCUGCCCGCUGCCCCACGAGGCCUACCACUUCGGGCGGCAGAAGUGCGUCUGCGAGGCCUGCCACUUGUGGCUGAGUCCCACCGGCGGGCCGCACUUGUGCCGCGAGGAGCCCGUGCCUUACUUGCCGUUGACGCAGAAAUUCCGGCCUUUACUGUACCAGCAGGUGGACGCGAACUCCGACGAGGCCAUGGACCAGCCAGUGAACAUUUUGAAACUUCAGUCCUGCGAGAAGGUACAGCGCGAGGUGCAGCGGCGGGCGGUGUUGAUGCGACUGGUGGUGGUGCGGGACUUGAAAAAGUUGGACGCCUUGCGGGAAGGGGGCAGGUUCUCCGACGAAGAAGACGGCGUGAACGCGGCGGGAACUAUUGUGUACCCCGAGAAGUACUGGGAGACGCGGGCGAGCAUGUGCCAGGGGGAGAAGGCAAACGACUUCGUCGAUCUGCCGGCCACGCCGCCCUCCAUCGCGGCGUCCGAGCGCCCGGUCUUCGCGAUCCCGGUGGGAUUAUCCUCCAUGGUGAAGCUGAAACAGCUGGCGGACCAAGUGGAUGAGCUGAGUAUGGGGACAGCUGCCGCGAGUGCGCCUGCUGCACCUGCUUCUCCAGAAGCUGCACCGGAAUCCACCGCGAGUAAUUCCAAAGAAGGGGAGAAGAGCGAUGCAGGAGCAGAAAAAUCCACGGAGAAAAUAAAAUCUUCCGACGCGGAGGCGGAGAAACCAGAGGAAGCGGCGAAGGAAUUAUCAUCUUCGUCGGAAGAUGAAAAAGCAAAAGCUUCUGGCACAGAUGACGACAUGGCGAAGGACGAGAAGAAAGCGUCGGCUGCAUCAGAUUCGAAGGCAGAAGAGGACAAGAAACCUGGUGGCGAGGACGAAUCAUCGAAGCCCAGUGAUGAUGAAGCGAAGCCAACAGCAGAUGAGGCGUCCAACAAGGGUUCCGAAGAGAGCUCAGCAAAGCCGUCUGACGAUUCGAAGGCCGCAGACGAUUCGAAGCCAUCGGAUGACUCGAAGCCCUCAGACGAUUCGAAGCCGCCCGAGGAUGACUCUAAGUCCCCCGCCACCGCCGAGCCAAAACCAGAGGAGUCCUCUGGUUUUGGCUCCGACGAGUCGAAAGGUAAAGAAGAUGCCGCAACUGGUACAACUACAACAUCAUCUGCUGACAAGAAAGACGACGGUGCCACAAGCGACGAGAAGCCGUCUGACAGCAAUGAUGGAGAGGCAAAAGAGGACGGAGAUGAGAAAAGCGCGGAUGGCGAAAAGAAGCCGGGCGACGAAGGAAAAGAGGCCGACGAUAGCAAACCACCUGGCGACGAGGCUAGUAAAAACACGGAGGAUAGCGAUAAGAAGGAAGGCUCCGAGUCCGGGGCAACGGCUGAUAGCAACGACAAAUCAGGAGAAGAGAAAUCAGCAGACGAUAAAAGCGAAGGGGACAAGACCGAAGGGGACGAGCAUGGGCAGGAGGAACAUGAAGGAGGGGAGGAGCACGAGGAGGAGGAACAUGAAGGCGGUGAGGAGCAUGCGGAAAACACCGAAGCAGGCGACGGGUCGUUCAGCAGUUUUUUGCAGCUUCGGUCGGGCGACAGUUCUGUGAGCUCCACAGCAUCUCCAACGGGUCUCGGUAAGAGCACGUUAUUUCUCGUGUGCGCCCGGAUGCCGCACGGCGGCACGCAGCACCAGCUGUGGCAACCCACCGGGCUAGUGAAGUUCCAGGAGCUGUUACCGUCCGCGAAUAUCAUGAAAGUUGCGGUGAAGCAGGAGAUAUUUGAGGCGCUGCCCGAGCCCAAAGCAACAAGGGACACAGAGGAGUCUCUGCAGAAGCAAGUGGCGCAAGAAGAGCAGCGUGUUUCCGCUGCGAAGGAGGAGCUCAAGGAUGCGGAGCGGCGGGUCAAGGAAUUGAAAGAAUCAGGUGCAGUGGAAAGCAGCAAGAGUCGGGAAGCGGUGGCGGAAGAAGCAUUAAAGAAGUACGCCGGUCAGCCUUUAGCGGCCAGCGGUAAUACUAAUAGCGACGACGACAGUGCUGGUGAUAAAAGUAGUACCAAAAAUGUUCCGGAAGGAACAGAAUCUUCCAAGCCCGCGGUCACCAAGGAAGUGACCAAGGAAGGCGAGGAUACCACGGUCUCCAAAGAGGUAUCGCACGACGUUAUGAACGGCCACAAGCUGACCAUCGAGCGAACCACGCGUAUUACGGUCGAUCCUGACGCGCCGCCGCCAGUAGAAACCGCGGAAGCUGCAGGGGACAGGGACACCGGCCCGCAGCUCGCCGUCCGGACGCAUUCGGGCGAUCGCGUGGACUACGCAGCGGACGGGGCGAUGGACGCAUUUGCAGACGAGCAGAACGGGGCGGGGCAGGAGCACCGGGGUCUGCACCCGCUGGAGUCGGGUUACGGGUACGACGGUUCGGCAAUCGCAGCAGAGCGCAACGAGAAAAAAUCAUUGGCGCAGACGGUACUCAGAUCCGCUCUUGGGGUCCCAAAAACGAUGUUUGGCAGCAUACAAAGGAUGAAGAUUGGCUCCUCGUCUUCCGAUAGUGAAGAAGCUACUUCUGCAGACAUCAACUCCAGCGGGAACACUGCAACAGGCACCAGUCUCAAAUCAGCGUCGGUAACACUAGAUUACUCCUCUGCGCACGUGAAUCCGGAAACCGGUGCCAUUGAGGAGUGGAUCGACGGCAUCAUCUUCAGCCGGUCGGCGGAAACCGACUGCGCUGGCGGGUCGUACGUGCUGCACCCCGGGGUCGGGUUGGUGCAGCCGGUGGAACCGGGCCUGGCCGCGUCGGAAGACUGGGGGAUGAUGGGCCUCCGCGCGGAACCGGACGUCACGGACGUGCAACCGCGGCUGCCGCAGAUGCGGGGCGACGAUCCCGCGGCCGGGCAGGAGAGCCUGUCGGAUCUGCCCGCGGACAUGGAACAGGAGGAGGCGGACGCGCACGUGCGGAUCAACAACGAGGAGCCAGCGCCCGCACCCGUCGAGGAGAAAAGUUCCAAACGGUUCUGGCGGAUUUUGCUGCUUGUGCUGCUCCUGUUACUGGUACAGAGAAAACAGAACUGUGAUUUGUGAUUUUUAUUUUGCGAUCAUCACUGUACUUACUCGUGUGCUGGCGCAUUGUGAGUCAUGACUCGUUUGUUUUCUUGUAAAAAUUAGUCGUACGUUCUUGAGUUGAGAUAUGGGAUUAUUGGAAAACGCAAUCGACACGCCCGAACAGAUUUUCGCCCUGAUCUCCCGUUGGCUCCGGAACCGCAACACUGUUGUGGCGCCGGAAGAAGGCGGCCUCGCCGAAGAGCUUGCGACGUCCUCCAACCACAGCCAGUCGCCGCAAAGCCAGAUAACCGCCGGGCAGAGCAAUCUGCGGACGUCGAGCCCGUCGCAGCUUUCCGGCGUGAAUGUCGAGAUGGGGGGUUUGGUUGCGGCCACAGAACCCGUGCCGCACCUGAUUGCGAGCAAAACCAGCCAGGACGGUAUCGUCGACGUGGAGGAAGAAUUACUGCUGAAGGUCGGCGCCACCGUGCGGUUGUUCGGGUUGCUGGAGGAUCACCCGAAUUGGGAAGGCGAGUACGCCAUGGUGAUUGCCGAACCGAACGCGAACCAGGAGUGGAAGGUGCGGAUGAACGACGGGCAGGUGUUCCGCAUCGAUCCCGUUCACCUGAAAAACGUUUCUCAGCAAGAGUUCAACGAAACCGCACACCUGUCUGUCGCCCAGCGCUUCCCACAGGGGUCGUUUGUGCGGGUACUUGGCGCCGGGGGCGCCGUGGCCGGCGCAGCGCCGUACGCAAACCGAGUCGCCAUGGUGGGUGGAGUCAGCGACCGGCUCUUGCAGCUGCGUUUCCAGUCGGGCGGCGCCGUGGAGUCUGCGGUGAUGCACUUCUCGCUGUGCGAAAGGAUUUCGGAAGCGCAGUACCGGGAGGGUGCGCAGCGGUACUUGAUGAGCGCGAUCGAGGCACGAGCAAGUGGUGGUACGGGCCCGGGUCCGGCCUCAUCGCCGAAAACCGCACCGAGCGCCAAGCCAGGCAGUCCGAAACAGAGUCCGAAGUCGGGGUCGCCGCGCUCGAAGACUCCGCCGGCAGUAGGUGCGAAGGUGGGGGCGGCAAAGGCAAAGGUAGCACCUCCACCACCAGCGAAGGCAAAGGUAGCACCCUCACCACCGGCAAAGGCAAAGGUAGCACCCCCGCCACCGGCAAAGAGUAAGCCGCCGGCAGGGGGUGCCGGCAACUCUCCGCCGGGAAAAGCGACGGGCGCUGCCGCAAAAAAAGCUCCAGGUGGAAGGUAAAUGUGUUAACAGAACUUGACGUUUCCGAGAAAGAGGUAAAUGUAUGAACAGAAAUACGGUUUCUUUUGAAAAUGAAAUGCGAAAAGAACUUUGUUGAGCUUUCUGUUUCGUGCGUUUCAUAAUAGUUUCUACGGUAUGAU